UCAGCGCCCCUGCCCGCCUUCCACCAUCUCCCCUCAGCGCCCCUGCCCGCCUUCCACCAUCUCCCCUUGCCGCCGCCCUCCCGGCAGCCGCAGUUGGUAAGACGAGGAGCCGCCUCCCCGCACCUGCCCGCCUCUCCUUCCCUCUCUCCCCACCCGCCCGGCCGAGGCAGGCUCCGCGCCUCCUCCGCGGGGGGACCCACCUCGCCGCCUCCCCGCUCCGCCGGGCCGAGCCCCAAGUAUCGCGGGAGCCGGGUGGGCUGCCCGCGCCGCCGCAGCCAUUGGGCGGCGCGGCGGAGGAGAGGCGGCCGGCGAGGCGGCGAGGCAGCGGCGCGGAGCCCAGUCGAGCCCAGCGCAGCCCCGGCCGCGCCCGGGGGCCGCUGUCCGGCCGCGCCCGGGCGGCCAUGAGGAGGAGGAGGGCGGCGGCGCCGCGCUCUGCCCCGGGCGGGCGGCGGCGCUGCUGAGCGCGGGGCCGGGGAACGCCGCCGAGGGGCUGGCAGGCCCUUGGGAAGUAUCCAGCGGUUCAGUGCUAAGACAGUGCUUUGGGAGCAGGGUCGAAGCAGAGCUCCCGGUCUUGACGUGGAGUGCAGCGUAUAACAUGGGAUGCUCGUCGUUGCUUCCAUGUUGGAUUUUGACUGUGGGGGUUUGAUACCUCCCAGCAGCCGCUCCCUUUCCUCAGCGUUCGAGCGAGAAGCCAAGCAAAGCGAUGAGGAGAUUUGUUUACUGCAAGGUGGUUCUGGCCACUUCGCUCAUGUGGGUGCUUGUGGACGUCUUUUUACUUCUGUACUUCAGUGAAUGUAAUAAAUGUGAUGACAAGAAAGAGAGGUCUCUGCUGCCCGCUCUGAGGGCCGUUAUUUCUCGAAACCAAGAAGGGCCUGGAGAGAUGGGGAAGGCCGUGCUCAUUCCGAAGGACGACCAGGAGAAGAUGAAAGAGCUGUUCAAGAUCAACCAGUUCAACCUCAUGGCCAGUGACUUGAUUGCCCUGAACCGCAGUCUGCCCGAUGUGAGGUUGGACGGGUGCAAGACAAAAGUCUACCCCGAUGAACUGCCCAACACAAGCGUAGUCAUCGUGUUUCACAACGAAGCCUGGAGCACGCUGCUUCGGACCGUCUACAGCGUGAUAAACCGCUCGCCGCACCGCCUGCUCUCCGAAAUCAUCCUGGUGGACGACGCCAGCGAGAGAGAGUUUUUGAAGGCCUCAUUAGAGAAUUAUGUGAAAAAUCUGGAAGUGUCCAUAAAGAUCAUCCGGAUGGAGCAGCGGUCGGGGCUGAUCCGCGCGCGGCUGCGGGGGGCAGCAGCCUCCAAAGGGCAGGUGAUCACCUUCCUGGACGCGCACUGCGAGUGCACCCUGGGCUGGCUGGAGCCGCUGCUGGCCAGGAUAAAGGAGGACAGGAAAACCGUUGUCUGCCCAAUCAUUGAUGUGAUCAGCGAUGACACGUUUGAAUACAUGGCUGGGUCAGAUAUGACUUACGGAGGGUUUAACUGGAAACUUAACUUUCGCUGGUAUCCGGUUCCCCAGAGAGAGAUGGACAGGAGGAAAGGAGACAGGACCUUGCCCGUAAGGACCCCUACUAUGGCUGGUGGCCUAUUUUCUAUUGACAGAAACUACUUUGAAGAGAUAGGAACUUACGAUGCAGGAAUGGAUAUCUGGGGUGGCGAGAAUCUUGAAAUGUCUUUUAGGAUCUGGCAGUGCGGCGGCUCCCUUGAGAUUGUCACCUGCUCGCACGUUGGCCACGUUUUCCGAAAGGCAACACCUUACACCUUCCCUGGGGGCACGGGACACGUCAUCAACAAGAACAACAGGAGGCUGGCAGAGGUCUGGAUGGAUGAGUUUAAGGACUUCUUCUACAUAAUAUCCCCAGGUGUUGUUAAGGUGGAUUAUGGCGAUGUAUCCGUCAGAAAAGCACUGAGAGAAAAUCUGAAGUGCAAACCCUUCUCCUGGUACUUGGAGAACAUCUAUCCCGACUCCCAGAUUCCCCGGCGCUAUUACUCACUUGGCGAGAUCAGGAAUGUUGAAACCAACCAGUGUUUAGACAACAUGGGCCGCAAGGAAAAUGAAAAAGUGGGCAUUUUCAACUGCCACGGCAUGGGAGGAAAUCAGGUGUUUUCUUACACUGCUGACAAAGAGAUCCGCACGGACGACUUGUGCCUGGACGUCUCGAGGCUGAACGGCCCCGUCACCAUGCUGAAGUGCCACCACAUGAGGGGCAACCAGCUCUGGGAGUACGAUGCGGAGAAGCUCACCCUGAGGCACGUCAACAGCAACCAGUGCCUGGAUGAGCCAUCGGAGGAGGACAAAAUGGUUCCCACCAUGAGGGAGUGCGGUGACAGCCGUUCCCAGCAGUGGCUGCUGCGCAACAUGACCCUGGGUGCCUGAAGCCGGCUCAGACCCGCUGCCUCGGCCGGGAUGUCCUCCUCUUCCUCCCCCUCCUCCUCCUCCUCCUCCUCCUCCUCCCCCUCUCCUCCUCCUUGCUGAGGCCAGCGGUGCUGAAGCCCUCUCCAAAUCCCAGCUGACAGAGCAAAGUCUCGGGAGAGUUUCCUCCAGGCGACGGGUCUCCACGUGCCCCUUUGGAACCUGUGGGUGUUCAGAGGAAGCUCGUCUGAGCCUAUAAAUGUCAAAACACAUGCUGUUACCAACAGAAAUGUGCUCCAAAAUGGUUCCAGAGAAACCUUUAUGAACCCUGCAUCAAAGAGGUUGGGAUGGAGGGUGUUUUCUGUGUGUCACACGCCACUACGGAGAAGUGACCCGGCAUGAAAUGCCUUAUGACGCAAACUGGCACUGGGAACCAUCCUGGCAGGCGUCUGCUGAGCUGGAUGUGUGGGUGCUGGUCUUUCUUGGCAGCGCGGUGGGGAUAUUUGCUGUUCUCUCACAUUGUGUGCGACUCGGUGAAGGGCCACGCCGAGAGCACAGUCACCAGACAGAACAAAAGCCUCAUGGUUUGUGCUGGGGAAAAAAAAUGGGAUCCGGUGUUUGGAAAAGCAGCAAAACUGAGCAAAGACUGCACUCAGGAAUUGAAAUUAAAUGAGGUAACAGCAAAAGACGCAGGAACAAUGGUAAGAAGGAGGAGUGACGCACGUGGGGAGCUCCGACCAGGUUGAAAUGUCCUCUGCAGUGGGCAGAGAAAUGGCUGGGGGUGGCCCCUGGGGACCCGCAAAGGGGUUGCAGAUGGAGGUACCAAAACCCGAGACCACUGGAGACUGAGAGCUGGUCUGGACUCGAUCCCCAGCUGCCACCCUUAAGUGUUCAUGUAUAACCUGCAUCCCAUGUAAGAGACGGGCGAGAGCUUCACCCAUGGAUCCCCCGCGCACAGGGGAUGGGACUGGAUCGACUCUGAGUUCUGCCUCCGGAUGUUCUCGCUUCGAUAGCGGCGACAGAUGCUUAUUUAUAUUUUUAAUAAUUUUGUGGCUUAAUCCUUUUGUUAGCGUGGUGAUUAAACACAUGCGCGCGGUCGUGUGGGGGGCGUCGCAGGAGAUGAUGCCGUGCCGGCCCCCGGCAGGGGGUGGGGACGGGCCCUGUACAUACAGGUGACAUUUCCUAUAUGUCCUGGUCACAUUUCCUCUGGUCACCCCAGCAGCACGCCCUCCCCAAAAGGCAUCCGCUGUGUGAUGGGCUGGGAUGGGUUUUCCCAUUGCCUACAGGCUUCCAGAGACCUACAUCACAGGGCAGCAGCCGCAGCGUGAUACGGCACGGGUAAGUGGUGAAAUGGUUUCCCUUUAUUCCACACAGAAUUCCAUAAAAAGGACUGUUUAUGCACUAGGUCAUUAAAAAUGACAAUAUUUUCUGUAUAAUGCUCUGGUCGUUAUGGAUUAAUAGUGUCAUAUAUUAUGUACGUAUUAUAAAUUUAUAGAUCAUCUGUAUUUUCUUGAUACACAUCAUUAAAUGAAAAAUAGGAUAUUAAACUGGAAAAGCGAUUGCUGUGCAUGCGUGGGAGCUGGAGUGUCACGGAUUAACUUGGAAGCUCAUCUGGUGCAGCCUCCCUGCUCAAAGUAGGGUCAAACACUUCCAGUUCCCAGCUUCAGAUGGCCAGAAAAGUACACAACAUGGCUCCAAAAGCUGGCAAAAUAGAAGACUGUAAUUCUGCUUUGGAGAAAGAGCGUGCAAACUUCACGAACAAAUUGGAACGCCGGUCUCCGCGCAGGAAAAGAGUGAAUAAAUUGUUUAUUCGUUUCCUUUCCGAGAGCUUUUGCCACGUGCAGGGCCGCUCGUGCUGGCAGGCUGCGCGUCCAGGCACCGGGCUUCUGCACGCCAAUGCAGAGGCAGGUGUUGUGGAAGGUCCCGCGGCGUCCGGGAGCAUCAGGAGAGGGUGGCUGGUGGUGCCACCUCUUCUGGGUGCCCCCGGUGUUACCCGUGACCUGGCUGCGGAGGGGGGGAAGGCUGCCGCGCUCCUGCACUGCCCUCCUCAGAUCCCGAGGUUUUCUUGGUGCUGGAGGGUGAUGGCAGGGCUCAGUCGUCAUGCAGCGGUCCAGGCAGGAGGUACGGUCUCAAAAACAGAUGAAGAAAAGAAUAUUUUUCUCCUUAGAAUUAGUAUAAAGGUUAACAUCCUUAUAAAGUGUAUAAUCCCUUGACUACAACAGCAAGCUCGCUGUGUUUAGGUAUGGUCGGUACCUGCACUGCCGCGUCCCUGCUGGGGGGAAAAAUAAUUGAAAUGCCUCUGUGUUGGAUUGUACUUAUUUAGGAGCAAGUACGCGCAUCCCCCACGGCCGGAGGAGAAGUGUUGCUGGAGGUCGUCUGCUCGCGGGCAGGAUGGCCUGCCCUCUAGGAACUGUGCUCAGACCUAGAACAAAGUGCUGAAAUACCUCUUUAACUUCGGUGACGGCGAGUGUUUCCGUGGGCUUUGAGGGGCCGGAUGCUGGAUUUGCCUCCUGGGGAAGGCUGGAGGAGCCCCAGGACCUCAUUGCAGAGGGGGCUCACCCAAAGCCUCGCUGGAGGAGAGCGAGGUGGUGACGGCGAGGGCACCUCGAACGCUGGUGCGGCAUCAGAGGUGGUAGUUGGUGGGGUUCAGGGAAUGGAUGUGAGUUACUGCGCGUGGGUCCCAGCCCUUCCUCCCGCCACUGAAAGCGGGUGUUGCCUUGGCAAGUGGUUCGGGCUAAAAUAAUGGAAAAUGGCUCGUUUGGUUGCCUCUGUUGGUGAGAAGUUCAGUGCCCACAAACAGACCGCAGCCGAAAACCAGUGGUUGGUCUUUGUCUCCCCAUUUAUAAAAUCUCUCAGAAAGGUGUGGGGAGGGUUGACUUCUAUUUUCACGGUGCGUUUGAAACACAAAUAACUCUACAAAUGCUGAAUAUUUAUUCUUUUCACUGGAAAAGUGCUGCUGCGUCCGCGAUUUGUUCAGACUCGCCUGGAUGACGCGCGACCGAGCUGUCGCGCUGGCCGGCAGCAGCAAAGCCGGCGUUUUCAAGAGUAAGGUGAACCAUAAACGCCGUAAAAAGCUGUGUCCCUCUUCAUCUCCCGGCACCUCCUGGUGAUCCCCGGGGCAGGGGAGGCCAGAACCGAAACAGGCGUUUGGGUCAGUUGAGCGAGAUGGGUCUCUGCAGAUGCCUGUUUCCCAGUCACCGGGAGGAUUUAUUUAGUUAUUGCACUCUAACGUGGAUAAUAUUAUAGCAAAUAGAGAAAAUUAGUUUUGAAGAAAAGCUGCAAAACUCCGUAUUCUGAUUUUUUGUUUUAAUUUGAAAGUAGAGGUGCUGUCUGAUCCCGCGCCCUUGGUCUGCGCUCGGGGGGUGCUGGGCAGAGCCUGACACCGGGCGCUUCUCGGGAGGUCGGGGCUGUUGAGCAGACUGGGACAAUUUGGGGAGACAGAGAGGAAUUGGCGGUGCCGGUGAAUGCCGC